AUGAAUGGAGUUAGUAACCAAGCACUGACAGAAAAAUACAGACCAGCAUACUUGCGGAAUCUUGUGGGAAAUGUACAUAUAACAGAUGGUUUGCAGGCUCUUGUUAAGUCAGAAGACAUACCGCAUUUUUUGUUUUUUGGCCCUCCUGGAACAGGCAAGACAACCGCAGCCAAAGCAAUUUGCAGAGAAGUGCUUGCUUCUCCAGAAAGAAACGUAAUGGAGCUGAACGCAUCUGACGAAAGAGGUAUUGGCGUGAUACGAGAAAAGGUAAAGGUAUUUGCAUCUACCUUCGGCAUAUCGUGCAAGAUGAAGAUUAUCAUUCUGGAUGAGGCCGACUCUAUGACAAAGGAGGCGCAGAAUGCUCUCCGUAGAAUAAUUGAAAUCUACUCCAAGAAUGUGCGGUUCAUUAUCAUAUGCAACUAUUCCACAAAGAUAAUACCUGCAAUAAAGUCGCGGUGCGCCCCUUUCCGCUUUGGGCCAGUCAAGCCAGCAGAAAUGCACGCUUUUGUUAAAGAAAUAGUAGCAAAGGAGGAAGGUAUUGCUACAGAUGAUAGUAUAGAAAGAAUCUGCAAAAUAGCACAGGGAGAUAUACGAAGAGCUGUCAAUCUGGUAAACGGUCUACUAAUUACAGAGGACAGAGAGAUAACAUGCAGUAGGGUAAAUAAGCAUUAUAAAGAGGUUAAGCCAAGCGAGAUACAGCAGAUGUUCAGAAUCAUGAGAACAGAGGAUUUUGAAACGGCCAAAGCAGAGUUUAGAAGAAUUAAAACAGAGUUUGGCCUGGGACUGAAGGAAAUCGUAAAUGCCAUAGCUGAUGUGCUUAAGGAAGAAAUCACAGAAGAAAAGGGUCACCAGAUGAGCUAUCUAUCGGAGAUUGAGCAUAGACUGGGGCGUGGUGCUUCAGAACUAGUGCAGGAGAACGCUCUUAUUUCAUACUUUUCGGGCAGAACAAAGAAAUUGUAG